GCUCUGUUAGUGGCAAUCAGCUCCAAAGUGGCUCACACACACACACUCAAACCAAACACAUGCUCUCACAUUGACACACACACUCAUAUACACACACUGGCAGGAAUCAAUCUGUCAGUCAAUACCUCAGGAUGUGUCCACAUGAACACACGUUUCAGAUGAUAAAACUGGAAUAAUUUUAACAACCGUGUCUAAUUUGGCACAUUAGUGUUUCCAUCUCUGUGUAAGAACUGAAGUCUGUUGUUGUUCGCCUUGAAUACUCAAAGACAACAACUUCCAUACUUCCUGUCGACACAGCAAUGUCUUCGUCCCUGCCGCUGCCCUCUUUGCCUCCAAGCCCCCUGGCCAUGGAGUAUCUCAAUGACUUUGACCUGCUAAAGUUUGAAGUGAAGCCUGACACCCCUCCACCUCCUCCGACCUGCCUAUACCCCAAACCAGGCAUCCACCAAGAAACAGCCAGUUCUCCGUAUGCUCCUCACCCUCCUCCUGACUCCAGCCUCAGCUCCAGUCCCUACACCUCCCUUCCUCCAUCACCCACGCUCAGUGACGGACACCCUCCGCCAUCUGCAUCCUCCUCUUCUUCCUCUCUCUCGUUCCCGAUGUCCAUCUCCACCGGGUACAUGUCAGGCCAGAGCUCUGGCUCUCAAGGAAACCUGGACGGGAGCCCAGCCCCUGGAGGUCCCACGCCGUGUUCAAACCCCACUUCCUUGGAGGACCUGCUCUGGUUGGCUGCACUGCAGCAACAGUUUGGUGGGGAGCCCGGAGGUGCCGCGUCUCUGCUGGGAGCUCUUGGAGGAGUGCCGGAUCGAGGGGAUCGGGAUCGAGGAGGGUUUCUGGGAUGUGAGGAUGCAGUGGAGGCCCUGCUGAACUCUGCUGCAGCCGCUGUAACUUCACAGUUCCCAGUUUUGUCCCAGAGUUCGAGCAGCAGUUACAUGGGUGACUCCAGCAGUGACAGCGGUGUUGAUGUUGUUCUUAACAAGCCGUCAGACAUGUGUCACAGGCCUAUACUGGUCGUUUCUUCCACCCCUCCAUCUCUCUCCAGUGUCAACACAUCCACCAGUCCCUUCUCACAACCCCUCAGUCCACAGAGCCGCCUCCAUCACCCACACCAUCCAAUGCAAGGCUAUUAUCAUCAUCAUCAUCAUCAUCAUCUGCAAGUCACUCAGUGCGGGGUGGAUGAGCGUUUUUCCGAUGAGCAGUUGGUAAAUCUGUCAGUGCGAGAGCUGAACAGACAUUUGCGUGGGGUAAGCAAAGAUGAGGUGGUCCGUUUGAAACAGAAAAGACGGACACUGAAGAACCGCGGUUACGCCCAGUCCUGCCGUUACAAACGACUCCAGCACCGGCACGCGCUUGAGUCCGAGAAGCACAUUCUCACACAGCAGCUGGAGCAGCUGCAGUGUGAGCUGUCUCGUGUGUUGAGAGAGCGAGACACAUACAAAGCUCGUUACGAGAAGCUCAUCAGUUCAAACGAGACUCAGCCUUCCCAUCCCAACACCUCGCCUUCUCCUACUCCUCCGGAUUACUUUUUGUGACAAAAUGAACAUUGUACAGAAGAGAAUUGAAGGAGAGCUGAUUAUUGUGAUGGGUGUUGUGAAGUAAUUCAAAAGAGUUGUGACUACAACUCAACUUAAAAUAAGCUAUUAAACCAAAGCAGGCUGAUUGUGAGGUGGACCUGGAUUGUGACAUAAUGGCGCUGUGUCAUGCUACUGCUGAUGGGAUUGCAUUUUUGCCCAUCAUGAGCUUGUGUAGCACCAACAUGAUUUCAUUAGUAUUCAUAGGUAUUCAUACACAAAAGGGUUCUAGCAUAUUUUGAGAUUUGGAUAGACACUGAAAUGCACAGAAUCAAAGUAAUGACAGCAUUUAAAACUUAAAGUACGUAUUUAUACUGAACACUCUGAGGAUCAAAAACAAUUGAAUUAAAGGAAUGAAUAGGUGGGUUUAUAAUAAAUAAGAUUUACUAAAUAUGUUGGCUAUAAAUUUAUUUAACACAUUCACCAUUUUUGAAAUUAUAUUGGUUUCAUUCUAUUUUGUAUGAAUCAAUAAAUUAGUAACAUUUCAUGUCUUUGAUGAUUCAGCCAUAGAAAGCCUGCAUAUGACUUAAGGGACAAUUCACCUAAAAAUGAAAAUUCUGUCAUCAUUUACUCACCUUGCUGUUUUAAUAAACCUGCAUGAAUUUCUCUCUUUGGCAGUAUGGGGAAAAAAAUACUAUAGAAGUGAAUGGCAAAUGUUUGGUUACCCACAUUCUUCAAAAUAUCUUAUUUUUAAUUCACACAGAUUUAAAACAAUGUCAGGGUGAGUAAAUAAUGACAGAAGUCUCCGGGUUACUUUUAUUAGGCCCAUGCAGAUUUCAUUUAUGAAUACAUUUGACUUGAAAUAAAGGAUUUUCCAUCAUUUACCAGUAUGUAAAAAUCAAACUGGUAUUCUCAUUUAUUAGAGGAUAAGACUGGUUUACUUGUGUAAAAUCAUUUACAUUUUAUUUGCUGUUAAUAUUGAUAUUGUACAGUUUUAGUGUCUAAACGUACAAAAAAGUAUGUGUGCACAUUUUCUGCUAAUACCUAUGAGUACGAAUGAGAUCACCCAUGGUAGCACAAAAGGCUUGCUAUCUCAUUGUGUUGAGCUAUUUGUCAUGAUGAGUUUAGUUCUUAUGAGAGUUUCAUUAGCACAUUUAUUUGGCAUUCACCAAAAUGACUGUUAGAGUUAUAAAUCUAUGAAGAACUGCUGACUUUUUGAGCAAGAAUGCAACACAUGUAGAAUCUAUGAUUAUGUGUAUAAGCCAUCUGUGUGAUAUUUUCAUAGUAGCUACUGCAACUCACCGAAAAGCAAUGCAAUCAACAAACAAACACAAACCAAAUGAAAAUCAUUACAUAACUUUGAGUGACUGUGUCUUUGGAGGUUACAUUUUAUGAUUAAGUUAAGGGUGUAAUUUAACUGUGACAUCAGAUUCAUUUAGCAAUUCACAGAGCUGGUCACUGUGGGUGUUAGUAGAUGCCUAUUUAGACGCAGACUUUUCUGGGAGGUUUACUUGACUCGCCAUAGUUUUAUAAAUUAAAAUGUAUCUGGCUAUUUUCAUUAUUUAUUCACAGUAUUUAAUCAUUGUUUGUAAUGUGAUAAUUGUGUUCAUUUGAUAGUGUGUAUUAAUUUCAUUAAUAUUUUGUAGCAGGGUAAAAAAUAUUAUAAGAAAGAUUAUAUUCAUUAUGCUCUGUUUGUAGUGGUUUCUUAUGAAAUAAACAUACUUUUACCAUUAAUGAUUUCGCCAAGGAUUGUGGACUGUACAACUGACUCAUUCAUCUGAUGUGUCAUAAUGUAUUUUAUUUUAUUUUAUUUUACUUUACUUUACUGUUUUCCCUUAGGUCCACUUAUAAUGUUCAUGAAGUUGUUUGACCAAGACAUGACCAUUUUCAACCCUGUUGGGGCUUCUUCUCAUUUAAAGGAGUAGUUCACCCAAAAAUAAAA